AUGUCUGCGUCGCUCAUCAACACCGUCCGCUCCACAUUCCUGCAAGAAAUCCGAUCCGUCAAUCCAGAGGGGAGAUGGAAGAUCCUCGUCGUCGACGAACAUGUCCAAAAGCUGUUGAGCACCGUGCUGAAGCAGUUUGACAUCUUAGAAGAGAACGUUACCCUCAUCGAGUCAAUAUCAACGCACCGGGAGCCGCAACAAUUUGAAGCGGUCUACAUGCUCAUGCCCACGACCCAAAAUGUCGAUAGAAUCAUUCAGGAUUUCUCGAACGGACGUCAACAAUACCUCGGAGCGCAUCUCUUUUUCUUAGAUGGUCUCGCAGAGCCUUUAUUCCAACGGCUGACGUCCUCCCCUGCCGAACCGCACCUGAAAUCCCUCAAGGAAUUGUUUGUCAACUUCUGGGUGACGGAAGCACAGACCUUCUCCAUGAACGCACCUGAGCUUUUCUUCCACAUAUACAGUCCGCCCAGGAACGAAGCCUCAUUUCGAACGGCGCGGUCACGAUUGGAGGAAGAACUGCGGUUCGUAAGCAAGCGUAUCGCAGAUCUGUGCAUCACACUGAACGAGUUCCCGUAUAUACGGUACUAUCUACCGAGUCAUCACCACCCACUGGGUCCACUUCAGCCAAAUCAGCAAACGAGGGCGCCGCCACCACCAGAGGGAAGCAGUCGAUGGAGGACAAAUCUGGCAAGAGGCGAAGCGGCGCGGCAGUACGAAACUGCAGACACGGAGUUCGUCACGAAAGUAUUGGCGUCCAUGGUACAGCAGUGUCUGGAGGAACAUAAGAAGGCGAACCCUGAUUUUCCUAGUGCUUCGGAUCCACCUCGGCCCCGUGGGACUCUCAUCAUCACCGAUCGGGCCAUGGAUGUCAUCGCACCCUUUAUUCACGAAUUCACUUACCAAGCCAUGUGCAAUGACCUACUCCCCAUCCAAGAUGGGUCCAAGUACUCGUACAAAUUUCAAUCGUCAGUGGGUACAUAUGAAGAUAAAGUAGCGACGUUGUCGGAUGCGGAUUCGGUGUGGACGACCGUCCGGCAUAUGCAUAUGCGGGAAGCUAUCGAUAAGCUUAUGGCAGACUUUAACAAAUUCAUGGAGGAUCAUGCUGGAUUUAAAGGCGGAGGUGCUGCGAGUCUGAAUGAUAUGAAAGACAUGCUUGCGAGCUUGCCGCAGUACCAAGAGCAGCGGGAAAAGUUCUCAUUGCAUCUGAAUAUGGCGCAAGAUUGUAUGACAAUAUUCGAGAAAGACAAACUUCCACUGGUUGCUAACGUCGAGCAAUGCUGUGCAACAGGACUCACUGCUGAAGGGAAAACCCCGAAGACGCUUGUCGAAGAGAUGGUGCCGCUACUUGACGGCCGGGAUGUCAGCAACUUCAACAAGGUGCGCAUCAUCGCACUGUACAUCAUGCACCGCGAUGGCGUACCGGACGAAGAUCGGCGACGGCUGUACCAACAUGCGAGGUUGAGUAUGGUGGAGCAGGAUGCAGUGAAUGCGUUAGUCCAUCUCGGCGUGCGAAUCACGAGGGGUGCUACGGAUAAGGACACCAAGAAGAAAUUGAAGCAGAAGCCGCAUGCAGCUGAGGAAUAUGAACUUUCAAGAUACAAACCAUUAAUUCGUACCGUGAUCGAGGAUCAUGUCGGCAACAAACUUGAUCAGACACUUUUCCCUUACGUCAAGGAUACGCCGUUGGCGGUUACACCUGCAAAUGGCGUUCGUCAAUCCCCCACACCGACCACGUCUUUGCGCAGUGCAAAACCGAGCUGGCAUAAGGCUGUACGACCAACUGCACCGGCCGAUAAUCGCCAGCGUGUGAUCGUAUUCGUCGCUGGCGGGAUGACAUAUUCAGAGGUCCGAGAGGCAUACACACUCAGCGCAUCGCUGAACAAGGACAUCUACAUCGGGUCGACGCAUACUAUCACUCCCCGUCAGUUCUUCGACGAUCUCAAGGUUCUCGAGUUGUCAGGCGUAGGAUCCCGUGCAGUUCCCAAUGGCAUACCUUUGUCCCAGCCACAUAAUUCGUACCAAGAGUACUACGACCAGAAGUACUUUAUCCCCGACCCAGCACCACCGCGGCGCCCUGAACUCCACGUCCCGAAAGACACGAAGACGAGUGGAAAAUUGAGUAAGGCACACUCACCAAGCUCGCCAUAUGCUGCUAGUUCGACCUCUGUGAAUAGUUAUGGAACAAAUGGACCGGAGAAGGAGGAGAAGAAGAAAAAGAAGAAGGGUCUGUUUCAUUUUUGAGAUGUGAUCUCGGGUGUCCGGGGGCGGCACUACCGUUUCUUUCCCUUCGCUACCCU